AUGCGGGGUGAGGGCUGUGAUGAGGAUGAGCAGGGCGUCGUCUCUGCCGAGAUGACAGGCGAGGGCAGCGCUAAGCUGCGGAUCACCUUGCUGGCAGCAGGUUUUGUGAUUGGGCCCUCUGGAGCGUCAGUGCGUGAGAUCACGCAUCGCACCGGCUCCUCCAUCCGCAGCUGGAACGAGAACGUGAAAGUGAGGGGAAAGGACCGCAAAGUGCGGACCCUGAUCAUCGAGGGGCCUCCCUGCAGCAUCCAGAUGGCACUGCAGAUCAUCUCUGGAGCUGUUGCGCGUUACAAAGACCUGUGCGAAGGCGCCUUCUGCGGUCAAGCCGUGGACCGGGUGCAGGUCAUUGGGUCGGUGGACUUCAUGUACCAGCCUCCACCCCGCCACGCGGUCCCCUUUGCGGCAUCCCUCCGUGCAGACAGCGACAGCAUGGCGCGAGGGUGGAACAGGAAGCACCCCCGCUCACCCAUUUCCCCGGCGGGCAACAAGGAGAACCUGCAGGCCGGUGACGCCGGUGCGUUUAAGUGCUCAAUCAAGAAUCCAGGCUGGGCAGCCCUCGUCCCAGGCUGUGGUCUGCCCCCCGUCAAGGAGCCCUCCCCGCCACCGCCGAUGCCCGCCACCCCGCUCUUCGACUCCCAGCUCUGCAUGCCUGAGCAGUAUCCCUGGAGCAUGCUGCAGGCGUCCGCACACCUUGCGGCCUUGGGCCGGGCCUGUGAGGACGGCAACGUGGCCCCAUCGGCACGCUGCCAGGACGUCACGCCCAUGCGCCUAGACUUUGGCCUGGGUGCCCAUUCUGCCGCCGAGACUGGGCCUUGGGAUGCAUCGCUCCUGCUGUCCAGCAAGCCGUGCCCCGAUGUCCGUGCUCCCCAUUCGCGCACCCAGGCGCCCGCCUUCAGCCUCUUUGGUCCCCUGACUGGGUACGAGGGGCAGCACCUCGCAAACCUGUCGCAUGGAUCCCCGCCCUCUGGGCCCACCGCCCAGUCUGUGCUGGCGGCCCAGCUGGACGCCCUCAAUCGCCAGGCUCUGGAGCUUGCUCGAGUGCAAGACUAUGAGGCGUCCAGGCAGGCGUUCGAGAACACCAUUCAAAUGUGCCCCAACCUGGAGACGGCCUGGGUGUCCUGGGCGCAGAUGGAGAAGCGCUGCGGUCGAAGCAAGGACGGCAUCCUGCGAUCCCGUGCCGUCCUCCAGAAGGCACUGGCGCUGAACCCCAGCUCCCCCCGCCUCUGCCAGGCCUGGGGCCUGCUCGAGCUCCAGCGCGGCAACUGGACGGCGGCCAGCCUGCUCAUCGAGCGCGCGGUCCUCCUCGACGCCAGCCUCGCGCCCGUGCUGAAGUGGCGGGCUGUGGAGACGGCACGAAAGCUCGCGCAGGAAGCCCACGCAGCGAAGGGGCGGCCGACCCUGCAGUCCAAUGCAUCCUGA